CACCCCAUCCUUUCCGAAGCGUUGGUCACCUACAUCUACAAAUUCUACACAUUGCAUUUCCAUCACCCUGCUGUUUCUGGGCGGAGGAAAGAGUCAUUUCUUCCUCCGAAUCCCGCCUUAGAUAAAGCAGCAAUCCUGUCCUUUUGCUCCAGGAGACGGGGCGAGGACCUCUCUCCCAGCUCAGGGUUAAAGUGCUAAUGUUUAGGCUGAGUCAUAUGAACGGCCUAUUGACCUGGCACGGUUUAAGCACGCAACUGACAAUGGACACAGGAAGUCUGAUAACCAAUCAGAGCGUAAAUAUGCGCGAGCAUCUUUUUCUUAGGGGUAGGUCACUGCCAAGUCCGACCCAGCGAAGGGGCGCGACCCGGCUUAAGCAACCAACUAUCAGGACGCGAGCCCAGCCGGGUCCGCAGACCUCUACAGCGCGGUUGCGAGCGCGUCCCCGUUUCCGCUCGGGCGACGCUGAUUGGAGGGACAGGCGGAGACGGUGGGCGCAGCCAAUCCGGAGUGGCAUCCGCGUCUUCUCCCCGCCCCUAGGCGGCAAGGGGAGUUGGCCCUGGGGCCCGGCACCAGUGUCUGGGAGACUCUCGUGGGGUCUGCGGCAAGAGCCCGGGACUGCGGGCACCGGCACACAGGCCAUGGCCUCCCCCGGGCUUCCCCCGCCCCCCACCGAGGACGCGCCCUGGCCUCUGCGCCUCCUGCACGCGCCCCCGGGGCUGCUGCGGCUGGACCCCACGGGCGGCGCGCUGCUGCUGCUCGUCCUCGCCGCGCUGCUGGGCUGGAGCUGGCUGUCGCGGCUCCCGGAGAGGGGCAUCCCCCCCGGGCCCGCGCCCUGGCCCGUGGUGGGCAACUUCGGCUUCGUGCUGCUGCCGCCUUUUCUCCGAAGGAAGAGCUGGCCGUAUCGCCGGGCGAGAAACGGAGGAAUGAAUGCCUCGGGCCAGGGCGUGCAGUUGCUCCUGAGCGACCUGGGCCGUGUGUACGGCAACAUCUUUAGCUUCUUCAUCGGCCACUACCUGGUGGUGGUCCUCAACGACUUCCACAGCGUGCGGGAGGCGCUGGUGCAGCAGGCCGAGGUCUUCAGCGACCGCCCGCGGGUGCCGCUCACCUCCAUCAUGACCAAGGGGAAGGGGAUUGUAUUUGCACGUUAUGGUCCAGUCUGGAAACAACAGAGAAAGUUCUCUCAUUCAACUCUUCGACAUUUUGGCUUGGGAAAGCUUAGCUUGGAGCCCAAGAUUAUUGAGGAGUUCAAAUAUGUGAAAGAGGAAAUGCAAAAGCACGGAGAAGCCCCUUUCGACCCUUUCCCCGUCGUCAACAACGCCGUCUCUAACAUCAUUUGCUCUUUGUGCUUUGGUCGGCGCUUCGAUUACACCAAUAGUGAAUUUAAGAAAAUGCUUAAUUUUAUGUCACGAGCAUUAGAAAUUUGUCUGAACACCCAGCUCCUCCUGGUCAACAUAUGCUCCUGGCUCUAUUACCUUCCUUUUGGACCAUUUAAGGAAUUAAGACAGAUUGAAAAGGAUUUAACCAUUUUCCUUAAAAAAAUCAUCAAAGACCAUCGAGAGUCUUUGGAUGUAGAAAACCCUCAGGACUUCAUCGACAUGUAUCUUCUCCAUGUGGAGGAGGAGAAGAAAAAUAAUAGCAGUAGUGGUUUUGAUGAAGAUUACUUAUUUUAUAUCAUUGGCGAUCUCUUCAUUGCUGGCACUGAUACCACAACGAACUCUUUGCUUUGGUGCCUCCUGUAUAUGUCACUGCACCCCAGCAUUCAAGAAAAGGUUCAUGAAGAAAUUGCAAGGGUCGUUGGUGCUGACCGCGCCCCCUCCCUCACUGACAAGGCGCGGAUGCCCUACACAGAAGCCACCAUCAUGGAGGUGCAGAGGCUGAGCACCGUGGUGCCGCUCUCCAUCCCUCACAUGACCUCAGAGAGAACAGUGCUCCAAGGGUAUACCAUUCCUAAAGGCACAAUAAUAUUACCCAACCUAUGGUCAGUACACAGAGACCCAGCCAUCUGGGAGAAACCAAAUGAUUUCUACCCUGAUCGAUUUCUGGAUGAUCAAGGACAACUUAUUAAAAAGGAAACGUUUAUUCCUUUCGGGAUAGGGAAGCGAGUGUGUAUGGGAGAGCAGCUGGCAAAGAUGGAGCUGUUCCUGAUGUUCGUGAGCCUGAUGCAGAGUUUCACGUUUGUUUUGCCUAAGGACUCAAAACCAAUCCUGACUGGGAAAUAUGGCCUAACUUUAGCCCCACAUCCAUUUAAUAUAAUCAUUUCAAAGAGAUAAAGAACAUCUCCAUGAAAAGAUGGUGCAGAAAAUGCAAAUACACAUCCUUCUAAACAGAUUCUUCCUUCUGUAAUUGACAGUGGAUCUGGCAACUCUAGGCUGGAAAAUCUAGGCUGGGCUCAGAUCAGAGGGAGAUUGGAAAGAGGGUUGAACAUGUGGGACUUUUCCUUUUGAGGGGGGUGGUUCCUCUGCAGGAAACUUCAGCCAUUUCUAUAAUGCAUGUGACUUGGGGGAUUGCGACCAAAGUAGUGGAUGGGGAAGAAGGCAAUACGGAUUUUUAUGCCCAGUGGGCUCCACCAGUGGGCAUUUCAUCUCAUCUCUCAGUGCCUCAGUCUUUCCACAUGGAAGGUAGUGGUCACAAAACCUGCCUUAUAUCUUGGCAUGCGUGUGUGCGUGCUAAGCCACUUCGGUUGUCUCCGACUCUGUGAUCCUAUGGACUGCCCGCCAGGCUCCUGUGUCCAUGCGAUUCUCCAGACGAGAAUACUGGAAUGGGUCACCAUUCCCUUCUCCAGGGGAUCUUCCAGACCCAUGGAUCAAACCUGGGUCUCCUGCGGCUCCUGCAUUGCAGGCAGACUCUACCACUGAGCUACUGCAGACACUCAUCUCGGCGUGAACGGUGGUCAAAUGCCUCAUAUCUUUUCUGACAUCACUAAGAUGCUGUUAAGUUCUGGAGAAUGAAUCCGGGAGAAGGAAGACCUACCUGUUUAAGACCCAUGGCAACAUGAAAGUGGUGUUCAGACUUUAAUACUUCAUCAGAGAAGGAUGUGGGCUUGAGAGACAAUGAACUAGAACUUAUCUUGGAACAGAGCUUAUGUCCGUUUUAGGGGACUUGGUAUCAUUACCCUUUUACGAUUUUAGUUUUUACUCUUUGUAGACAUAGGAUGAAGAGAACCCUUGUUGAGUAUGUUGAGGAAUGGAUAUGGUCUGAGUGUAUAUGUCUGCCUUCUAUUUCAACUACAUGAAGAGUAAGCCUGGAUGAAGAAGUGGCUUCAUGGCAGGAUUCCUUUCUGCUGUCUUUACCCACAAGGAUGUAGCUCUAGCUUGUAACUUGAGCCCUGAAGAGUGAGCUCAGGAAUUUUGAUACUGGGAUUUAUAAGGGAAGGAUUCGAGCUGUACUGAACGUUCCUUUCCUGUUCUUCCUUCCUGCCAGUAGGCCUAACGUAUCUCAUCCUUGAAGACUCGCAAAGACAGGAAGGCAUUCUUUUGCUUAUUAAGAUAACUAAAUUGUUUCUUAAUAAAUAAGCUUCUUCUGAAAGAGCAGUUCUUGAAAAAGGCAACACCCUCUUUCAGGAGGUGUUUGGAAAUAUGGGGGUGUGUUUUCAGUUAUCACAAUCAUGGGGGUUUGCUGCCACAAAGCCAGGAUGAUCAGUGUCUGAGCAGUCCUAGACAAUGGAGACCAGACCUGUCCACAGAGAAUGUGCUCCAGAAGUGGCCAGGCCUUUCCUUUAUUCUCCCAGUAUUCUCCGUAUAUAGAAGGAAUCGUGAUAUAACGUGAGCAGCUGUCCUUUUUGAGCCUUCCUCAUCCUGGCACCAUACUUUAUGCUUCCGUUGGAUACUUAUGUAAUUCUUACAGACUGUCCAGUCACAGGAUGAUAUUUUGUAGCUGAUGAAGCUCAAGCUUAGAAAAGCUAAGGACUUCCUGUAGUUAUUAAUAAGAAGUACCGCUGUUUGUUUCACACCUACCAGUUUAUAACAGGAGAGUUCUUCCUGUGCCACUUCUUGGUACUUCCUCCACUAGGUCCCAUAGCAGCCUCUCUCUCUGCAUUUUCAACAUGGAUAAACGAAAUACAGGCCAAUCUUUAGGUGCCUUGAGCAUUUUUUGUUAAUUAAAAUAGAAAACCUAAUGAAUGAAACGCCUAGGCACUGUGAGUGAGUGGAGAGUUUGUCAUGCAGAUCUUGGAUGGAUGGUGUGGAUUACCCUGCAUAGUGAGCAGGGCAGUUUGCUCCUCGUUUGGAAUUGCAUAUGCUUUGGAAUUGCACUAUUAACUUUGCAUUAGCAAUUUUAUUACUCCUCGAUUUAUAAAUACAUUUUCAGUAUUCCCUAAACAGUUUGCAGCUAAUUUGAGAAAAAAAUUAUUCUGUGAGAGUAUGUUGAAAUAAGAUGUUUAUUAAACUUUAAAACAUAAUGCCUUAAACUGUAGCACUUUAAAAACAUCUGUUAAUGGCAAAUCACUGCAAAGACUGUUAGUGCUUUCCUCCCAUGUGUUGAUGUUUUACGAUUUUGUACUUUAUGAUUUACUUGAAGUGUAAAAAAAAUAGUACUUUGUUUUAUAAGUCUGCCUGAUACCUACUUUUAGUCCUCAUCAUGAACAUAAUUUUUGAUGUUUUUAUUAAACUUUUAAUUUUAACUGAGU